AUGGCCGAAAAGACGGAGAAACGCACCUUCUCGGGCAAGGCAUUGUCCACCAACAAGUCAGUCAAUGCAAAGGACGGCCAGGUCUCUCAGCGAAUCAAGAACUUUUUCCGCAUCAACAGCACCAAUGAUACCCGCAAGAUCUCCGACGAGGGAAACCCCAAGAACGAAAAGUCGGGCUUUCGCCAGUCGAGGUUCAUUCCGCACAUUUCGCGCAACCGCUCCCAGACCGUCGCCAGCGAAGGCAACCCCUUGGAUGACAGCGUGUCGCCUACCGCUCACGCCAACCCAUACUUUGCUCACCAAGGACCACCAGCGCUGCGCCAUCACAAUGCAGGCAGUGUGCCUCCAUCGCCCCCAGACACCCCCGCGGUGCCUAAGACGCAACUGAACGGCGCAGCAACCACCGACGAUCAUGCCACAACCGCUGGGAAAGAGGAAUUGGCUAGGAAACUACGAAGGGUAGCUUCCGCACCCAAUGCCCAAGGUCUCUUUUCCUCAGGGAAGAACACUGAGAGACCACAGACCGCAGAACUUGGCAAGCAGCCUGUAUUACAUCACCCGAACUCGUCAACCCUGAGCAUGGUAGAGACAAAUUCGCAAGACCCGACUCAUCUCCUCCCCAUAGAAGCUGGCAAGCCCAUACCCUCGGCAGGCCAAAUCCGACAGUCUGUAGCUUUCAGAAGGACCUACAGCUCGAAUUCCAUCAAGGUCCGCAACGUCGAAGUCGGACCGGGGAGCUUCGACAAGAUCAAGUUGAUUGGCAAGGGCGAUGUUGGAAAGGUUUAUCUGGUGCGCGAGAAGAAGUCUAGCAGACUAUAUGCUAUGAAGGUGCUGAGCAAAAAAGAGAUGAUCAAGCGGAACAAGAUCAAGCGCGCGUUGGCCGAGCAAGAAAUUCUGGCGACCAGCAACCAUCCCUUUAUUGUUACUCUAUAUCACUCUUUCCAGUCCGAGGACCACCUCUACCUCUGCAUGGAAUACUGCAGUGGUGGUGAGUUCUUCCGAGCGCUACAAACCCGACCGAACAAGUGCGUUGAUGAGGAUGCCGCGCGCUUCUACGCGGCUGAAGUUACGGCUGCCUUGGAAUACCUCCAUUUGAUGGGCUUCAUCUACCGAGAUUUGAAGCCAGAGAACAUCCUCCUCCAUCAGUCUGGUCACAUUAUGUUGUCAGACUUCGAUUUGUCGAAACAGUCUGAACCUGGCGGUCGCCCAACCAUGAUUCUCAGCGGCCGAAGUGGUACUUCUUCGAACAACCUGCCAACCAUCGACACAAAAUCUUGCAUAAACAACUUCCGAACCAACUCCUUCGUCGGAACCGAGGAAUACAUUGCGCCAGAAGUCAUCAAGGGUUGUGGACAUACGAGCGCAGUCGAUUGGUGGACCCUUGGUAUAUUGAUCUAUGAAAUGUUGUACGGAACUACACCUUUCAAGGGCAAGAAUCGCAACGCGACGUUUGCCAACAUUCUUCGGGAUGAGGUACCCUUCCCAGAAGGCUCCGGUGCGCCGCAAGUAUCAAAUCUCUGCAAAGCCAUCAUUCGCAAGCUAUUGAUCAAGGAUGAAACACGCCGACUCGGAUCCCGUGCCGGUGCUUCCGACAUCAAGACUGCACCUUUCUUCAAGACUACACAGUGGGCCCUACUGCGGCACAUGAAGCCCCCGAUCAUCCCCCACCAGGGCCAAGGCGUCGAGACACCCAACUUCCGGAAUGUCAAGGAAUCCCAUAGUGUUGAUAUCGGAGCCGCGGGGGUUAAGGGAGUCCCGCUAGACUCUGGUCUCGCUACACCCAUGGGCGAACUGGCAGAUCCGUUUGAGGAGUUCAACAGCGUUACUCUGCAUCAUGACGGAGACGAUCAUCACCAUGAUAACCACGACCAGUCGCAUCUUCACAUUAUGCAAACGAACUCACAACGAUUGACCGAGGAAUAA